AGUAAACCCACGGUUUUGGUAAGAUUCACAAUCAGUGAACCGACUCAGCCUGUAAUCUGAACGUAACUUACUACUGAGGAUAUAUUUCAGAAUAAGGACGUUUUUUUGAAACGUAUGUUCGAUUAUUUUUUAAAAGUAAAUCAUAAGAAUUUCAAUUAACUUCUUUCUAGCCCCAAUUUUUCAAACAAUAAACCAAUGAUGCAAAUGAAUCCAUUGGCGAAUCUGGGUGAUAGUGGUAUACCUAUGAUGCAUCAUAUGCCCACGGUCGCCAGCCAUUCAUUAAGUGGUCCCCAAACUCAACGUCUCUUGAUGAAACAUGCCGAUGAGAAAAUCAUAGACGUUUGGAGGAAUGAUUUGGAAGACGCCUUCAAGAGUAUACGAAAACUAAUCAAUCAGUAUAAUUAUAUAGCAAUGGAUACCGAAUUUCCUGGUGUUUGUUGUCGACCUGUUGGUGAAUUCAAGAGUACAAAUGAUUUUCAGUAUCAGUGUAUGAAAUGUAACGUAGACGUUUUGAAAGUUAUCCAAAUUGGUCUAACCCUGAUGGAUGAAAAUGGCCAAACACCAUCACCUACUUCAACCUUUCAGUUUAAUUUUCAGUUCAAUUUAAAUGAUGACAUGUUCGCACCAGAUUCCAUCGAACUUCUCCAAAAUUCAGGCAUUCAAUUUCAAAAACAUAGCACGGAUGGCAUAGAUCCUUUUGAUUUUGCUGAAAUGCUUAUAGGAUCUGGAUUGAUUUUAAUGAAAAACAUUUAUUGGCUUAGUUUCCACAGCUGUAAACAAUUGAAAGGAGGUUUACAAGAAGUAGCCGAUGGCUUGGAAAUAGUGCGAAUAGGUCAACAACAUCAGGCUGGAUCGGACAGCCUCCUCACUGGACAAGUAUUUUUUAAAAUGAGAGAAAUGUUUUUCGAAAACAUGAUAGACGAAGAAAAAUAUCUCAAUCACUUGUACGGCUUAGGCGGCAAUUACCAAAACGGUGGUCUCGUCAGUUACGAAAGCAACGCCAUGUUCAACAGAUCGUCGACAAAUAACGCUGGAUCUCCAGCUCCAGCUAUGUCAAAUGCUUAA